UGUCAUAUUUUUUCGGCUCAGUACCCUAAAAGGUACCACAAAAGCUCCCACCGUGGACCUGUUGAGGAUGAAUACCUUGAAAAGGUACGAUGAGCAACCCUGUUCCCCUCCCUCAUUACACUCCAAUGGUUUUUCAUACAAAUCCUUGAAAAUUUUUUUCAAGUUUCAAAACUGCCACAAAAUCCUCGAUCUCCAAUAGUUAUAUGCCAACCCAAUUUUUGCAACACUCAAAUUAUUACUAAUUGAAAUUACUCUUUAAAACAUGCUCUUUCUAGUUCUGAAAGUCAUGUAAUUGCAAACGUUCACGCGACCAACUGUUCCUUGACCCAGGGGUCCCUGGCUGACCAAUGAAAAUAUCAGAGAAAACUGGGUACCAGGUAGAGGAACUUUGCCCCAUGCCCCUAGUGGCAUUCAAGAUGGCGGGUUGAUUAGAGUGUUUAUUUUCAAACAACUUGUACCGAUGAAAACCAGCUGAGAAACGAGUAGACAUGGAGACUGAAGAUCCAGAGAGGGUUAUACAGCACAUUGUAGUGGUGGGAUUCCACCAUCAGCGGGGAUCUGAGGUAGAGUUUUCAUUUCCACCAUUUCUGAAGAACGGUAACACACCUAGUACAACACCACCAAGUGAAUGGCGGUUCUUGCCAUUUUUGGCAUUACCAGAUGGCGUCCAUAAUUGUCAGCAAGACACUUCUGUAUUUCAUUUACCAAGUCUCAGCACAUAUGUUGGGAGACAGAACUUUCAAUCUACCAUUUUUGGAAUUUCUUGUUACAAGCAGAUUGACAGUAAGGACUUAAGAAUUAAAAAGGACGAUGUGACCAGACGUACUGUGCAGAAGAGUGUUUGUAUCCUCUCCAGUUUGCCCCUUUAUGGUUACUUGAAAGAAAAGCUGGAAGUUGCUACCAGAGUGUACUUUGAUGAGAGGGACUUCUCAAGAACAGGAAUUUUAGAGGAAUUGUAUAAGAAUUUAAACUUGUCCAUAUCACCGAAUUUUGAACUGGAAGAUUCUUUACUAUUUGUCGGUCUAUCAGUUGUAGAAUUAGUCAGAAAAUUUCAACAUAGGAUUUUAGUUCUUUUUAAGCUGCUUCUUCUUGAAAAAAAGGUUAUAUUUCAUGGCUUUCCGGUUGGCAGUCUAUGUAUGGAGCUUCUUUCACUUGUUUCUCUCUUUCCAAAAAUGAUCCAAAACGGUUUGGUGUAUGCAGCCCCCAGAGAAAAUGAAACUUGUGAUAAUGAAGUUUUUCAACCUUUGCAUGUCCGAGAGUGUGAGCAGUUAUUAGUCGAUAUUUUUGGAUUUCCAUUAGCAAUCUUCGCAAACGUGAGUGAAAGCUCCUUAUUUCAUCCUUAUUUAUCUUUGCAACAAAUGGAACUGUUAAAGAGCGCCCAUGUGCGUAGUUUCGUGGUUGGAGCGUCAAAUUAUUUGUACAAACGACAGAAGGGAUUAUCAGAAGUUUUGGUAGAUCUUGAAAGCGGAUCAAUAGAAAUACACAGUCCUGAACUAAAUGAACAGCUCUCGUUGUCAACCGCUGACUUGAGAUUUGCAGACUACCUCAUUAAUCACGUCAAGGAAUACGUUGAAAAAGGCGAACAAGAAGCCGGCUGGGAUGGCAGUGAUGAGUGGAUACGAGCUCAGUUUAAAUUGUAUCUUUUGUCUUUGCUGUCUUCCAUACAACACACAGAUGGCGAUGGAAUGGCAAACUACAAUGAGCAUUUCAUAGAGGCCUGGAAACAAACCACGAACUAUCAAGUUUGGCGUGGAAAAGAGCAUGCUGGGAUUGACGACGUACAUGCUGGACAUCCAUUUCAAGGUCAGAUGGGGCUCUCAGAUAUAAAGAUCAGACUCUCUAAGUAAGCUGUCACCAAUUUACAUUGUAAACAAUCUUUGGUUUGCAGGUUCAUUCGUAAAAAUUAUUUAAAAUACUUUUGAGCACAAGUUCUUCUAUAAUCUAUCCACAGGGAUGAUUUAGC